GGAAUUGGUAAACAUAAUCAAGACCAAUGUUUACAUUAACCUAUCGUUAUGUUCUAAGAUUAUCUAGUAUACGUGAAUAAAUAUUUUCAAAAACUCCUCAAAUAUUAGUCUAAAAAUGAAUUCUAAAGUUCAAAAUAUUAAGAAAGGUGAUAGUUUCUUCGUGGAUUUAUUAGAACACAUAACAACAGUUUCUCAUGUACUUUUAUUAUCUGUUACAAUUUUUGUGAUUUACCUUUGUGCUCAACAAGAAUCAUUUAAUUUAACAACAUGGCACGUUUUUCUUUAUAUUCUCGGGUGGGCAUUUAUAAGUACGGAAGGAAUGAUGAUUAUAGCUAAAGAAAAUAUUUUCGGAAAACAUUUAGUGGCAAAGUGGAGACAACAUGUUCAUUGGUUAAUAUUUAUUGUAGCCUGUGGGUUAACAAUCGGAGGAUUUGCAACGAUAGUGUACAGUAAGCAGGGAAGAAAACAUUUUACAAGCGAGCAUGGUAAAACAGGAUUUGCUUCAUUGAUUUUAACGGGGAUCGCUUGUAUCAAUGGAAUGCCUACAUUGUUUACAACGCAAUUGCGGCGUUUCGUAUCCCCUAAUAUUCUGAAAGUGUUUCAUGCUUUGGUAGGAUUGGGAGCCGUUGCUGUUGGUUUAGGGGCAACUAUAACUGGUUAUAAAAUUGGUUGGUUUACCAGAAAAGUUUCUAGUAUGCAAGCCGAUUUAUGUAUAUGGAUUACAAUCGUUUGUACUAUUUGGGGAUGUCUUAAACCAUUGCUAAAUAUAUUCGUUCGAAGUAAAAAUAUUGUUAAAUCUUGUACUAGUUAA